UAAAGGACCCGGAGGGCUAGAGAUAGGGCACAGAACGUGUACAAGCCCCUGGCUCUGCGUGUUUUCAUUGUUAUGGUUAUUGUUGUUGGUAUUCUAGGCUAUUCAUUGUUAUGGUAGAGAGGUGAGGCUGCGGAGCUGCGGUGAAACCUGUCCUGGGCUUGCUGAUAAAUCCUGUCUUCCGCCCCUGGCGUCUACACAGGGAGGGAAUCUGGAUGGGGAUUGCUGCGCCUUGGUGGGAGGGCAGGUGGUAGCUCUCCAGAUCGCAAAAGCGAAAAUCACCGUGCUCCCGCUCUAGGUUCAACCAUACCCAGCCUUGCCAUCUCUCUAUCCCUAUUCCUCGCUCUUGGUGCUCAGGAAACCUGGGCCAUAUCCCUUGUCAAAAUGUAGAUCAGGAAAAUGUAGACUAGCUGCUUUCUGAACCGGCAGAUGAGUUAGACCGGUAUCCAAGAGCCGCUAGUUGAGCAGGACAGGAGAUAUGGGAUAGUGGAGGGGCCUGGACAUUGAAGUGGGUCGUGGUACCCUCUAAAUGCCUUUGGAGAAGGGUUGGUUCUUCUUGCUUGAUGCUAGGAUCAAAGCAGCACACUGAGUCUAUGGGUGACCAAAUUGAACCCUAUCUUUGAUGAAGAUAAAAAACGACAAUGCAUUUUCUCUGCCUCUCUCUCUCCAGUUAAGUAUGAGUCUGGCCUACCAGGAGGGCACUGGGGUUAGAAGCCAAACCCAGAGGCCAAUAUUGCCAUGCCUAGGUCUAUGAGGUUUAACAACAAUAACAACAACAACAAAGACAGAGGUCUCUGGACUCAGUUGCCUGCAGGUGGAAACUCUCCUGCCUAUUUGCAAGGAUUCCUGGUGUGAGCAGGAGUGGGUUUGGCUUGUUUGUGUAUGUUCAUGAAGUGGACAGUGUUAUAAUUUACUCAGUAGGGUCAGAAGUGUCCCCCAAACCUAGGGCACUAUAGUGGUGGCGAGAAAGUCUCUGCUGGACACACUUGCCCUCACCUGGUCACAGUUCCCCGGUCUAAGCUCCAGAUCCCUCAGCUCAAUUUCUAAUUUUUUCAGUUUAGAAAAUCAACAGUUACUGGAAGCCUCAGGAAGUUCACUCAGAAACUCCAGAAUCCCAUUUUGGCCCCACUGCCAGCAACCCAGGCAGGUGGAUGGGCCCAGUUAAUGUGCCUCUAGACAGAGGAUCCUUGCCUGGGGGGGAUAAGGCGUGGGUAGUGGGGUCCUUCUCACACCUCUAGGGGGUUGUCUCCUUAUUCCAGCCUCCAGGAGGUAUGGGGGAUAUGUGAGGUUGGGAGGGGCCUGUGCAUCAUCUGGCUGCAACUUUUAUGGUUCCUCAUUGUCCUUCAUUCGGAAAUGAACCGCCUUUGAUCUUUUUCUCAGGUUGUAAACGGAAUUGCCCGUCAUUAAAUAUGGGGGGGGGGGAACCCAUCUGUUUGGUCUCCCAGCAUUUUUCUUCACAGCUGUUUCUCUCUCUUUUUACCAUUCACUUUUUCCAAAAGGACUUUUAUUACACCCCCUUCACACCCAGACACCUCUCCCUCCUCCCUUUGCUUUGGAAAAUAUCUAUAUAUGCGUUUGAUCACAAACCAAAGGCCGUGGGGGCAAAGGAGGAGCCUAUUUGGGGUUUUGUAUUUUUUCUUAAAAAAAAAAAAAAGUCAUGGGGGAAGGGAGGGGCUGAGGACACCCAGAAAGGCCUGAUUCUGACUUCAGGCAGCCUCAGGAUGACCCUUCCUUCUUUUGUGCUUAGCUAAUGUUUACAUCUAAUAAUUCAUGCACCACCGAAAGUCGUGAGGUGGCCACGAGGUUUAAGUCCCUUUGCACAACAGCUGCUUUUUUUUUUUUAAAUCUUAUUUUAUUUUUUGAAUAGAAAGUUGAAACCCCUUGUAAUCCCAAGAACGGACCCACAGUGACUUUUUCAGCUCCCAGAGCUCAAAAUUAAGACAAAACGAAAUAAAAAUGAAAACAUUCAGAUCACACCCAAAAGAAGAACGCACGGAAAGUAAGAGAACUGGAAAUUUCCUGGGCCAAGAAGACCUGUCUGUCUUCUGUAUAUACCCUGUAGAUCCGAAUUUGUGUAAGGAAUUUUGUGGUCACAAAUUCGUAUCUAGGGGAAUAUGUAGUUGACAUAAACACUCCGCUCAUAUUCUUUCCCAGAAGAAAAAUAGAUUGUUUUCUAAAUGAGGACAAUCCUGUGACUGGCUGCGAGAAGACUCCUUUCUGUCCCUCCCUCAACCAAUUAGGGAGAAAUCUCAUCUACCUGAGGUGUCCCCAUGCCCGCCUCUGGAAGCUUGGGUCCUUGUUCACUCAAGAGGUUAAUGUUACUGGUGUUUUAAAAUUUAUCCUUUAAGCCCCGACCUACUUAUUUUUAUUCUGGGUCCAGGGGGCUUUACUGGAAAUCAUGAGGGGAGAAGAAAGAUUGCUGAAGGCUGCAGUGUGCAAAGGCAAAGGAAAUUUGCUUUUCAAACGGAUUCGGAGAUCGCUAUUUCGUUGGGUUCAAGACAUGAUGCCCUGAAAAUAUAAGGUUGCCAUGGGUGUUCUUGUGCGUGUGAUGUUGGUGGGGGCAUCUCAGCUAGGGCUCCUUUACUUAGUAUUCAAGGAUGUGAAAUUUCUUUCUGCCACACUGACAGAGGCGGCGGCUUUAGCGGCAAUUAGAACUCUUGGUUAGUAUUGCUUCGAUGACUCUGGAAUUAGCAAAUUGCUAUUCAAUUGGUUUUUGAAACUUGCAGGUUUUGUUUUUUUGGUUCUAUCUUCUGUCUUUCGUGCGGGGGAAGUGGAGCUGUUCCUCCGACCUUGGGCCUUGUGGGUUAAAAGGGAGGGAGUGGGGAGGAGGACAGACUAACGGACACAGCGAAGCUCACAGUGAAGCUAAAUGCGAUUUGGAAGGCGAAGUCUCCCCGAAUUAGUGCGUGAAUUUCCUAUCGAUCCGUCCGCGGUUCCAUUCAUCUCUGACAAGUCCCUCCGCGCACCCGCCCUCUAGCUCCCGACGCCUGCUCACUCACCUCCUACCCCUCCUCAUCUGGCUGCAGUGAGAAGCCCCAAGCUCGGCGCCCCUCUGACCUAGUGGGUACCCAUUUCAAGAAGCGCUCCCUGGUCCGCCAACCACUAAAAACCCGACACAGACACCCAGUGCGCGAUGCUCCCUCUCAUCCUGGGGAGGAGAUGGGGCCCGAUGGGAGGCAGAGAACGGUUGGUGGAGGUUAGGUAGGGUAGGGGGUGGGGGCUACACCCGGAGCCCCAACUUCUGAGGGAUGCAGGGAUUGUGCUCUGCUCAGCCCCCCAAAACAGGCCCUCCAAUCUUAACCUGCUCACUCUUUCUUAGCUCAUCACCCCUCUCUGUUGUGGAGAAAGCCAGGCGAGGAGGGGGUCGCCCCGCGGGAGCCCUAUGUAAAUCCUGGUGUUGGGUGGGUGGGGAGGGGGUAGAGAAGGGGAAAUAAGCCUCUUUGGCUGGAGUAGGGUCCGGGUGAGCAGAUUUCCUUAUCCGGGAAUCGCAGGCCGGGUGGCCAUUGGCUCGGAGGAUCACGUGGGCCUCUAACUUUGUUCACUUGACAGUAAGUAGGAGGGCUUUCGGAAACAGGAAAACGAGUCAGGGGUCGGAAUAAAUUUUAGUAUAUUUUGUGGGCAAUUCCCAGAAAUUAAUGGCUAUGAGUUCCUUUUUGAUCAACUCAAACUAUGUCGACCCCAAGUUCCCUCCGUGCGAGGAGUAUUCACAGAGCGAUUACCUACCCAGCGACCACUCGCCCGGGUACUACGCCGGCGGCCAGAGGCGAGAGAGCGGCUUCCAGCCGGAGGCGGCCUUUGGGCGCCGGGCGCCGUGCACUGUGCAGCGCUACGCGGCCUGCCGAGACCCCGGGCCCCCGCCACCUCCGCCGCCCCCGCCGCCCCCGCCACCGCCCGGGCUGUCCCCUCGGGCUCCCGUGCAGCCAACAGCCGGGGCCCUCCUCCCGGAGCCCGGGCAGCGCAGCGAGGCGGUCAGCAGCAGCCCCCCGCCGCCUCCCUGCGCCCAGAACCCCCUGCAUCCCAGCCCGUCCCACUCCGCGUGCAAAGAGCCCGUCGUCUACCCCUGGAUGCGCAAAGUUCACGUGAGCACGGUAAACCCCAAUUACGCCGGCGGGGAGCCCAAGCGCUCUCGGACCGCCUACACUCGCCAGCAGGUCCUGGAACUGGAGAAGGAGUUUCACUACAAUCGCUACCUGACGCGCCGCCGGAGGGUGGAGAUUGCCCACGCGCUCUGCCUGUCCGAGCGCCAGAUCAAGAUCUGGUUCCAGAAUCGGCGCAUGAAGUGGAAAAAAGACCACAAGUUGCCCAACACCAAGAUCCGCUCGGGUGGCACCGCGGGCGCAGCCGGAGGCCCCCCUGGCCGGCCCAACGGAGGCCCCCCUGCGCUCUAGUGUCCCCCAAGCAGGAGCUCGAACCUGGGGGGGCGGGGGGAACAGCGAGCACCGAAGGGGGGAUGCGGGGUAUGGGAGGGUCCCCGGGCUUGAGCCCAGAAAAAUCUAUCCACCCUACCCCCACUUUAUCUAUAUGGAAUAAACACAGAGAAGGGGGGUAGGGGAGCCUUAUUUAUAGAAACGACAAUAGGGAGCCGGGUAAAGUCCUUCGGAAGCAAGAUUCGAGUCUCUUGCUUUCUUCCUUUAAAAAAAAAGAGGGAGAGAAAGAAAAAAGAAAAAGAAGAAAGGAAGAAAAGAAGGAAGAAAGAAAGGGAAAGACAGAAGAGAAAUGGAGGAGGCUGCUGCGCCUGGUUUUCAGCUUUGGUGAAGAUGGAUCCACGCUUCAUCUUUAAUCAUGCCAGGCCUGGGCCCAUCUGUCUUGUUUACUCUGCCGAGGAGAAGACGAGCUUCGGUGGCGACCAUUACCUCGACACUUGGCUAACAAAUGAGGCCGGGCUCGGCCGCUGCCGCCGCCUCUGCUGCUGCUGCCGCUGCUGGAUCACAGCCUGGAUUUUCUUUCUUUGUCCCUUACUCCUGCCACCCAGCGAAUGCACCCUCAGACUGCCAGAUAGCACAGUGUUUUGGCCACGGUAACACACACACACACACACACACACACACACACAACUUUCCUCCCUGUCUGUGCCCACUGUGGGGUAGGGGUGGGAAGGCUGCUCCCUCCUUCCCACCAUAGGCUUAGAAGGGGAACAGUAGGGAAGUGAGGGGCAUCUGCACAACGUGGGUUCCCAAAUCUGAACCCAAGAAAUAAACGAAAAUUAAAAAAGAAAGAAAGAAAGCAAUUGAGACACCCAAGAGGGCCUUCUGCUAGAAGGUCCAGCCAGGCCUGGCAGGGUGAGGGGCAGUUGAGUUCUGAGAGCUGGCUCUUCUGGGCAGGACACAAUAGUAGAGGUGAGGCCUUCUCUUAGGUUACAAAUGAAUGUGAAAUUAGGAAAUAAAAUGCUGUGGCCCUCCUACUCUGGAAGGAUAAUGUUGCAGAACCCUCUCCCGUUGUUAUCAUUGUUGCAUCGUUUAUUAUUAUUAAUAUUAAUAUUAUUAUUAUUAUUAUUUUAUGUCAUGUGUGUCCUCUCUCCUGUUCUCUUUCUGACAUUCCAAAACCAGCCCCCUUCCUACCUCUGGGGCUGCCUGAGCCUAGAACCUUUCGUUGGUGUGAAAAUUUGUGUCCUGUACAGAGUGACAACAGAAAUAAAUGUUUGGUUUCUCGUGACCAUCACAUCGUGGUUUUGUUGGAAUGUUGGAGUUAAGGGUGUGAACAAGUGCCCCCCCCCCAGUGUAUAUGCCAAGCACCCUAGAGGGUGUGGCCUCACAACGAAGUUUGUCUUCUUUCUUUCUUCUUUUCUUCCUUCCUUUCCUCCUUUCUUCUUUCUUUCUUUCUUUCUUUCUUUCUUUCUUUCUUUCUUUCUUUGUUCCUUUCUUUCUUUCAAAGCUCCAUUGGGAAUUUCUUCCUCAGAAGCUUCUAAGUUCUGAAAACUGGUUUGUUUUCACUUUGGGGUGGAUGUGUUUUGUUUUUAGGCUUAAAAAUUUUUCCCCCAUCCAGUCCAAAAAUGAAUCACAAGGGAUGGGAGGGCUGAUUCCAGUCUCCAAGGGGUGUGUGUGUGUGUGUGUGUGUGUGUUUCAUUGUAGGACACUAGAGGCUUAAGUAGGGCAAAAUCUUUCAUAUCGGGAUUUAUUUGUCAUAAGCAAAUAAAAUGCAGUUAAGCUGUCUCCUUCUAGACAGACGGCUCUAUGGUUAUUAAAGUUCGAGAAGGGACUCCACGAGGCCAGCCUCUUUCCUCCCUGCAAUAAGAAGGUAUCACUUUCCUUUGAGGUGUUUAAGGCUUUAAUGAGUCUAAUUUUUUGCACAGAUGUUUCUGGGUGUUUGCAGGGUUUCUGUGUAUUUUUAUAUUACAAAGGAACUAGCCAGUGCCAUAGCUCAAACUCUGACAAGCAAAUAGAUAAUCAAGAAGACAAAUGGGCUCUUUUGUGAAGCCCUGCUCCUGUAUUAAUUUUCAUUUUCUUUCUCAUAGAAAGUAUCGAAAGUGAGGCUGGGGACCAAAUAGCUGUCUGUCUCUGAGAUCCCAAUAACCCCUAGAACGGAGUGGGGGGGGAGGGGAAGGAGUGGAGGUGAUCCUCAGAGAUCUCUGCCAGGUCUGGCUCACUUUUGUGUACUACAGCCAAGAAGUUCUAAGGCCUGAAGUUCCAUCCCAGGGUUCUGUGGGCCUGUGAUGGCUCAGGGUGUAGCCACACUGCCUCCAAGAAGCUCUACAAUUAAAAGUCAUUUCGUGUUGUUGUUGUUGCUUGUUGUUAUGGUUGUUGAUGUUCCAUUUCUUCCCAGAAAAUAAAGAGCCAAUCACUUG